AUAAAGUAUGAAAUAGAAUAGCUUCAUUUGGCAGCCUUCUGUUUCUUCAUAACCAUUCCAUUCAUGAUUCAAUUGUUGCUGAAAUCAAUCCUUUAUAAAUACCAUUCUCUACGUACCAUUUCUCUUGCCCGGUAUAGAAGCAAAGAAUUCAAAUAGCCAGAAUUGAAAAAGGGUGCUGUACAGGUUGAUAACAAUAUUAUAGAGGGAAGAUGUCGGAUUGGGGUCCGGUGUUCGUGGCGGUGGUGCUGUUUGUGCUGUUAACACCAGGUUUGCUGAUUCAAGCACCGGGCCGCAACCGAUUUGUUGAGUUUGGAAACUUUCAAACGAGUGGGGUGUCCAUACUGGUUCACUCAGUUGUCUACUUCGUCCUUAUGUGCAUCUUCUUAUUAGCCAUUGGAGUCCAUAUGUACAUGGGUUCCUAGUAAGCAUGCAUGGUUGGUAGGGGCAAAGUUACACCGUAUAUAUAAAGUUACAUUUUAUUUUAUUUUAUUAAUAUAUAGUAGAUAAUGAAUUCCUUGGCUUUUUCACGUGUUCUUUAUAUUUUUGAACCCCUUAGGGAAAAUUCUGGCUCCGUCACUGAUGGGUGAUUUAUUUGUCUUUUCUUUUCUUGUUGAACUUUUGCUUGUGCUUCUGUAGGAAGUUAUGAUGUGAUCUGAUGUAUCAUACAUAUUGAGGGGUCUCUUGUUUUUACUAAUUGCCUUCUUUUUACUCUCCUGAGAUGUAUGGCUGAUGAAAAUUAAGACCAAUAUAUAAUAAUAUUAAUUAUGUGCU